UUUGGGCAUUCAGCAAAAGCCCAGCUGUGCUAGCAUGUGAAGAAGGUCUCCAUGCUGAAGAUGGUUUCUGCAGAGAUGUGGGUCCUUUUCCUCGGUGCUCUUGCUCCUCUGCUCCAGUUAGCAAAUGGGGGCGAUUCCAUCCCGAAUUACAUGCCGGUCUUUCCUGCCCAACUAACCUACCCAUCCAGUGAGAAGCUGUGUAUGGACCUGAGUCACAUGCAGAAAUCUGUCGUGCUCAACAUUACGUUGGAGACUAAAGUCACCAUUCCCAUUCUGCUGGAUAGAUUCAUCUGGCACAAGGAACAACUGAAAUGCUUCACUUUCCCAGUGAGCCUUUGUGUUUCAGUGCAAGACCUGUUCUGAAAGCAAAUAAGGGAAAUAAGGACUAGAUUGUGUAAAUAAAUAGUGGUGUGCUUGGUUUGUGCAAGUGAAUAACCUGGUUUCUGAAAUGGAAUAAAUAAGAUGCUGUAAUGCAAUGGUGGCUGGAGGGGCCACAGAUUUUGGCACCUGCUUUCCCCCUCUCUGUUAUGCUGUUCAUGCAUAGUUAGGAAUUGGAGGCACUGCGUUGCAGUGGUUCCGCUCCUUCCUCUCAGGCAAGUUCCAGAGGGUGAUGCUCGGGGACAGUUGCUCUUCAAAAACAGAGCUUAAUUGUGGU